AUGGGCUCUUGCACCCUUCAUACCGAUCUGUUGUUUGAUCCCAUCUCGAAAGCCUUUCUCAAAAACGUCUCCAUUAGAGUGGAUGAGACGAGCGGUGAGAUUACAGAGGUCAUUCGUCGCGAGAAUGACUCGGCUGUCGAGUUGGCGCAGGGAGAUGUCGACUUGAGAGGGAAAGUGGUGCUCCCAGGUUUCGUGGAUGCGCAUACACAUAUAUUCCUUCAUUCUUAUGACGAGGCAGUAGCGCUGGUGCAGAAGCGUGAUGAAAGCUUCGUGGAGCGGAUCAUUCGCGCCGUCAACCACUGCAGAGUUGGCUUGCUGGCGGGCUACACGACUUACCGGGAUUUGGGCUCUGAGGGCAUGCAAGACGCAGAUUGCAAUGUGCGAGAUGCCAUCAACCGUGGCAUGAUUCCUGGUCCAAGGCUGUACGUUGCCACCAAGGUCAUUGCUUCCACGGGAGGAUUCGAGGUUCGGACCGAGAACGGACUCGGGGGCCAUUGUCUGCCUGCCGGUGGUGAGGCAGCAGAUGGCCCAGACGAGCUUCGAAAGGCCGUCCGCCGGCGCAUUGCCGCUGGUGCAGACAUCAUCAAGUUCUUUGGCGAUUACCGGAGGAGGCUGAUGCGAUUUCCACCCAAGCAGCAACACCCGUAUGUGGGUUCGGUCCAGUUCCCCCCCGAAGUUCCAAAUCCCGAGCACGUUAUGUUCACGCAGGAGGAGAUGAACACCAUCGUCGACGAAGCCGAGCUUGCGGACUGUCCAGUGUCUGCCCAUUGUGCCACCAAUGCCGCUGUCCUGGCCGCAGUAUCGGCCGGCGCCUUGUCAGUCGAACAUGCAUUUUACACCGACGACGAGACCCUGUUGCACAUCAAAAAACACAAUGCAAUCCUGGUCCCGACACUCGCGGUCUGCGAGCGCUUGCACAAGUUGAAAUUUCCAGAGGUCCUGAAAAGAACGUAUCGUGCCUGGGAAUUAGGGGUACGCCUUGCUUGCGGAGGUGACACAGGCACAUAUCCACAUGGAGAAAAUGCACGGGAAAUAGAGCUUAUGAUUGAAGCUGGCAUCCCGGUAGAAGACGCUCUAGCCGCAGGCACUGUCGAAGGUUGGCACGCGUGUGGUGGUGAUCGAUGUGGGCGACGGUUCGGAUGGUUCGAGAAAGGAACCGCUGCGGAUAUUAUCGCCCUUGACACUGACCCAAGGGACGAUAAAGGAGCUCUGAGAAAGGUCUCCUUUGUGAUGAAAGAUGCCCGGAUCUGGAAGCACGACGGGCUGGCUGUUGGUAUGAUCUAG